AUGAAUCAUUCCAAUGUUUUCCGCGGAGAGGACACGUCAAUAUUCGCAAAUGACGACGUAGCAGGUCUGAUUGCGCUGCAUAACUAUGCGUACGAUAUUGACCAGUCCGGCCCUUCGCAUGACCACGGGGGUAUCGUCCAUGGCCAGAAAUCUACAGAACCAGAACUCAAAGCAGAGAGUCAAACUAAUGCUGUAGAUAUUGAAGGCGGUCAAGAAAUUGUUGAACAGGAACAGGAGCACCAGGAGCACCAAACUACAGACAGUAACCCCUUCGAAUUCGAUGAUUUAUUCAACCUGGCUGGCUCGCCAGACAGGAUGUGUGACGCGGACCUAGCUCCAAAGAACCCUCAGACACAUCAUUUUGAGAACGCCCAGGCUUCAUCUUCUGAAGUGACCUAUAAUACUAAUCCAGUUCAGUCGAGCCAGCAGCUCCGGACACCACAGUCAGCUACUACAGGUGGAAGUCGAGAGCUAAAGCAAUCACCUCAUGAUUGCAAUGCAGAUUUGGACAUUGAGAAUGCAGAAGACCGGGCUUUUUACGAAGCAUUUGCAGCCUAUACUGCCGGCCCACAAGUUGAGCCUUCACAGCCGUGCCCAAAUCAGAAUAAUAUGAAUACUGGGGUAACUCAAGGUUUGCAAGCGGCCACCGGCUAUUCUACUUCCAAUGCGUACAGCUCAUCGCCCCCUUCUGGCCAGGCUCCUGGAAACUCUGCCAUAACCCGACCAGCGCUUAUGACAUGGAGUCUCCAGAAUGAUCCAAGCCGCAAUGAUGGUACAGUUGAGAUCAAGGACGAAAGGCAGAAUUAUAAAGACCCCAGUGAUACAGUCACCCUGCAGUUUUCCUCCUCAAAAGAAGCCAAUGACUAUCGCCCAGAUAGGCGGCCUAUGCCAUUUGAUCCCACCAUUCCACGAACUACCUAUGAGCGGCAGGAGUGCGUUAUCAAACUCAUAAAGGCUAUGAGAAGUUUUGAAUGCGCUACAGACAAUUGGGGAAUGAUUAAGCCCUUUGCAACUAAAAAAUUUAGUGACAGAAAGAUUGAAAUAUGCAGUUGGAACAUAUUAGAUUGCUGUAUUGUGCGACAAGAAGCUGGGCCUUUCCUUACACCAGAGGAAGAAGCUUUGAAAAACAAAACUAGAAAGAAUAAGCAGAACUUCGCGGAGCGUUUUGGCGAUAUGCUUCGCAUUUUGAGGACCCGCAAGACAGUCUGCCGCCAUUUGCUAGACCCUUACUAUCUACUCCAAUUCGUGGACGACCCGAACUCGUGUUUAAGCCGUGUUGACUCCAAUAAGACCCUAAAUGCGAAGAAAAAGCAGACUAUAGAUGCCGGCAAGAAGGUCAUAGCCAAGAGAGCUGCUGAGGAUGACGGAGCUGCUGAGGAUGACGGAGCUGCUGAGGAUGAAGCUCGACGUCCCCUUGCGAGUCCUUUCUCUACCCCGAAACAAGAAGUCUUGGCUAGCAGCAGUUCAUCUAACCUAGCAUAUGUGAACCAACAAAUCCCUCCAACAGUUCAGCAGCAUCUGAGCCAACCCUCUUCUGCUUUUCAUCAACCGAGCCCUCAAGCCAGUCCUAUGGUGCGUUUACAGCCACAGGUUACUCAGCAAUUUGCAUCCGGGUCACAACCAGCGUACCACACAUACCCCGUUGGGAACUUUGAGGCUAAAUCAUCCGUCGGCUUCCGCCAAGAUCAAAUGUGUACUCCUGAAAGUGGAGUAGUUGGCAACAUACCUCAGUCCAACAUGAAUACCAUGGCUAGCCCAAUGGAUUCUAAUAUCCUUUCUCCUCCAAGGUCGCCUUGGGAUCAGACAUAUCCUAAUGUCGAUCAAUCUUCACAAUAUCCUCCAAGAACCCCAAGCAUGCCAUCUGCAAUGCCUCAGUUUCCAUCUCCGUCUAUUUCUGGCGAAUUUACUCAUGCAUGUCAACCGAAGCCCCGCAGGCCCUCUCGGAAAAGAUCUGCUGACACCUCCGACCAUCCUGAAAGCCCCUUGAAGAAGAUGCGCUAUUGA